AGUUGCUCCAGUGAGCGCGCUGCACUGGUCUCCUGCUCCAUCAGUUUGUCCGUUUUCGCCCUCUCGUUCGGUUAAUAGAUAGGCCCGGCCAGCAGAGCGCGAGCCUUGGCAUGGCGUGUCGGGCGUGGCGUGCGUGCAAAGCGCUCGAUCGCCCGUCCGCGUUCUCCGUCUCUUAGCACCCCCGGGUCCCCCCGCCCACGCACCUUCUUCCUCCUACCUCUCGUACCAUCGACACGGCCUCUCGCCAAGCAGCGCGCAAAACCUCUCCCACCCGAUCCUGCUCUCUCUCUCUCUGCUGCCUUCUCGAUCGUACGAGUGCGCGUGCAUGGACGACCAGCGGCAGCCGGUGUGCAAGGCGAAGCGCGGCGCGAGGGAGGAGGAGGUCCACGCCGCGCCGCCGGACUUCCCAUUCGAGGAGGCCGCGGCGACGGCGGGGGAGGGCGACGACGGCGGGGAGGCGUCGCGGCGGCCGCCGGGGGUUUUCCAGUUCCCCUGGCAGGAGUGCAGCGGCGGGCUGGGCGUGUCCGCCGCGGGGCCGUGGGAGCUGCGCGACGUCUUCUUCCGCUCCCUCGUCGACGGGGGCGCCGCGGCCAUCGGCGUGCCGGGGGACCGGCUGGUGUCUCCGCCGACCGGCAGGCGCGCGCUCCUCGAGGGGGUCGACGCGUGGCUCGCCGCGGCCGCCGACGGCGAGGUGGACCCGGUCUGGCGGUCCGCGCUCAUGGCCCCGCGGCCGCGGGCCGAGGACGGAGACGGACGGACGUCGUGGGCCCUCCCCGCGCAUGCUUCCGGGGUGAGCCCCGCGUGGCAUUGAGUGCGCUGCGGCGCCCCCCAUCAUCAGCCGCGUGACGCUGACGUGGCUUCGAGACAGCAGCGCCGUGGUGGACCGUGGUCCGUGGCCGUGCCCGUGGGUGCUAGUAUGAUUGUGAUCAGGAUGGAGUAGGCAAAGGGACCAAGGAAAAGUAAAGAACCAUGGCCAAUGGCAAUUGGCAAUCGGUGAUCACCUUGUCUUUCGAAUGUCCUUUCCGUUCCAUGUUCUAUUUUAUCUGUACAGCUAUUAUCGUUAGACGUUCUGGCAACAACAGCAACAACAACAAAAUCAAUGUAUUCUUUGGAAAGUCAUUCCAACAUCA